GCUCCGCCCGCCCCGAGCCGCCCGCCUGCCUCCCGUCGGGCGCCGCGCGAGGUCAGCGCGGGGUCAGCGCGGGUCUGCGGGGUCAGGCGCGCGGCGGUUCCGCGGCCCGGACGGGCGCGAGGGCAGGAUGUACACGCUGCUGUCGGGCCUGUACAAGUACAUGUUCCAGAAGGACGAGUACUGCAUCCUGAUCCUGGGCCUGGACAAUGCCGGCAAGACGACGUUCUUGGAGCAGUCAAAAACCCGGUUUAACAAGAACUACAAGGGGAUGAGCCUAUCCAAAAUCACCACCACCUCGGCACUGUGGACGUGGGAAAGGCCCGCCUCAUGUUCUGGGACUUGGGGGGCCAGGAAGAGCUGCAGUCUCUGUGGGACAAGGCACCUCGGAAGGGCCUUCCAGUUGGCGGCUGGCCCUGGGGUGGCCAAGUGCCUGUGGCCCAGCACCCCCUUUCUGCCCCUCCCCAGUACUACGCGGAAUGCCACGGUGUCAUCUAUGUCAUCGACUCCACAGACGAGGAGAGGCUGUCCGAGUCCAAGCGAGCGUUCGAGAAGAUGGUCACGAGUGAGGCACUGGACGGUGUCCCCAUCCUGGUGCUGGCCAACAAGCAGGACGUUGAGCCUCGCCUUCCCCCAGACUUGCCUCUCGAUCCCCGACAUCAAGACUGCGUUCAGUGAUUGCACCUCCAAGAUUGGCAGGCGCGACUGCCUGACCCAGGCCUGCUCGGCCCUCACCGGCAAAGGGGUGCGCGAGGGCAUCGAGUGGAUGGUGAAGUGCGUUGUGCGGAACGUGCACCGGCCACCGCGGCAGAGGGACAUCACGUAGGCAUGGCUGGUGCCUGCUGGUGCCCACAGCUCACCCCUGAGUGCCCGAGGAGCGCUCCUGCCAGCUCUGAGCCGCCAGGCCUGGGGGUCGGGUUUGCUUUGCUCUUGGUUUUUUCAGUUGCUUUGUUUUUUCUUUAAGACAAACGUUUCCCUGUGUCCGUAAAAGUGUGGGCAUGCAGAGGCUUCUGCUGAGGGGGAAUCGGGGCAGCAGGGCCAGGCUGGGUGCCACCAGGGGACCCCCACAAGACCCCUGCCAAGCCUGCUGGUGUUGGCGGGCCGCCUGGCCCUUUGGAGCCGCCACCCCAGCAGUGUGGCCUGCCUGGCCCAGGGGGCGGAGGGGCACCUGUCUGGAAACGAGAUGCUCCAGAGCUGCUCUGUGCCGUUCACCCAUGGAGGAAGCUGGUGGGGCAAGUGUGUCUGUCCUCAGUCUCCGUCCCCUCUGGGCCUGGAGAUGGGUUGGGGGCUGGUGUCAUCUUGAGGGAGGAGGGAGACCUGGUCCACUUUGCUGGAGGCCAGCGGGGCCCUGGGUUCUGAUGCCUCAGAACAGGGUGGGGGAGAUCUGCCUGGGAGGCCCCGUGUCCUCUUCCCCUGGCCUCCCGUCCAGUCAGGGAGGGAGUGGGUGUUCCCUCUGAGCGUGUCUGCCGCUGGUGCAGGACAGCCAGUGGCCAUUGUGGGGGGCACACCGGCAUGGGUGUUCCAAAGGCCAGCUAGGUUCCUGUGGAGCCCAGGCCAGUUGUGGGAUGGGCCUUGAUUCCCAGUUGGAGGUGAGGGGUGGGGUCCCCGUCAGGUCUGGGGACGGGCUAAAAACCCAUUUCCGGGUCUGUGCCUGGAAACCGUCCCUCCGGGUGAGGCUGGUCCUUGGGACCCUCACCACAUGGCCCCUGUGGGAGCUGGCAAGACCCAGUGGGCCUAGCCCUGGGCAGGAGGCUGAUUGGCCAGCACUGGGUGGAGUAUGCCAGAAAAUGGCAGUCUGAGUCGCUGCUGUCUGUUGUCCCUCCAGAACCCCAGGACUGGGUGGUGGGCUCCCAACUGUCUGGGCACAGUGACCACAGCACGAAGGGCUCCCAGGUUAGACCCAGGGCCUGUCUGGGCACCACCUUCCUGCUUCCGUGGGAGUGCCAGAGCCAGAACCCUGACCCUGCUAGACUACCCUCCCUCUGAGGUGGCAGCCUUGGAGGGCCUACUGAGAAAGGCUGAGUCAGGGCUGGGGGUGGGAAUGCAGGUGAGGUGACUCAUGGGGAGUCAUAGGCUGUGGGGUCCCACCCCCCCCCCCCUUGGGACCUAUCAUGGGGAUCAGGCGCCAGGCUCCAGGGCUCACGGGAAGGGCUGGGAGUCGGCCAGGUUGUUCUGGAGCACUCCAGCCCUCAUCUGAGCCUUCCUGUGGGGAAAAGCCGUGUUUCCCAGAAAGCACGUGGGAUACACCCGGCCUAGGGGAGGUCCUUGGCUGGUCCCCUCCUGGGAAAUUCCCUGCCUGCAGGGACUGGGUGGAGCUCAAGUGGAGGGGCAGGGUGAGGGGGAAGGGUCUCUUGGCAGCCCAGGUUACAUUGGCCAGUCCAAGCUGGGUCCUAUUCCACAGCAAGAGCCCCUAGACUGGGUAGGACCCUCACGACACUCCCCCCCCCCCCCCAGCUGUCCUACGCACAAAGCAUGACUUGGGGUCAUGGGAUGAGCCUCAGGGAUCUCCACUGUGCCCACAGCCAGAAGGGAUGCACCUGCCACCCGCUGGCCCUGACAGUCCUUCCCACCGAGGGUCUAUCCCACUUGGGGUGACCAGCAGCCAGAGGAAGCAUGGGACGCUAGAAAGCCCAUGCAGGUGUUUGUUUCCCCACCAGACGUGCCCGCCAGCACCCGGUAGACAUGGCACAAAGUUUCAUACGAUCCGUUUUAUAACGGCUUUAUAAAAAAUAAACUUUGUUACUGUAAUGGGA